AUGCCUGCCGAUGGACCACGCAUCACGAACCACGGAAACGUUCACAUCCAUCUGCAUGGGUUGGUUACCAGAUUGGUUGCUUGUCCGUCUCCACCCAUUGAGCUUACCUCAACCCCAGCCAACAACCUCAUCUCGACCGCUCUGAUUAUUUCACACUCAAAAGUGGUUUCGAGAGAUUAUGUCGUUGUUCACACCAUCGGUGAAGAGGCCUAUUGGGACAUGAAAACUUUCAUUACUGCGCAAGCCUAUCGAGUGCCUCUGGAGAUUUUGCCUGCUUCCUAA